GGAAACUCAGACAACAAAAGUGUGAAUUGAACUUUUCAUUUUGUAUUGUAAUCAAUAGCGUUUAGUGAUUUACUGAAGAAUUACUUCGGAUAUUCAAAUAUAUAACGGACAAUUAAUUUAGCAAAGAAACGCGGCUCAAAAUAGAAAACAAAAGAGAUCAUUUGCAUGGAAUUUCAUUAGCAUCACUACUUUAAACAAGUCAUUGCUAAUGAGCAAUUUUUAAUACCUCUUUGGAUAGGUUAGGUGAUAUCGGAAAAUUUUUAAAUCAUCAAAAAGAAUAGCUAGGGAUAAAUGAAAAUCAGCGUUUCGCUGAUCUAAAUCUUCGAUUGUUCUUCUCUCUGUUUUCGGGUGAUUUUCCACGAACGCGCAUUUAGCAAAUCAACUAAUCGAGCAAAAAUGUCGAGCUCGCAUACUAUGUCAACAAUCGAACCAUUAAUACCGAGUUCAAGUAACAGUUUAUUGACGUCCACAUCGAGCGACCGUAGCCGUAGCCCAGAUACUGACCGUAACUUAUGUGUCAUGUUGGAUGACCGCGAUUUGUGGAUGCGCUUUCAAAACUUAACCAAUGAAAUGAUUGUCACGAAAAAUGGCCGUCGUAUGUUUCCUGUAGUAAAGAUUACUGCUAGCAAUCUUGAUCCGGCUGCUAUGUACUCAUUCUAUUUAGAAUUUGUGCAAAUUGAUAAUCAUCGAUGGAAGUAUGUGAACGGUGAAUGGGUCCCUGGUGGAAAAGCAGAAGCUCCACCGAAUAAUCCAAUUUAUGUCCAUCCUGAGUCACCAAAUUUUGGUGCACAUUGGAUGAAAGAGCCUAUAUCAUUUGCUAAAGUUAAGCUAACUAAUAAAGCCAAUGGAAAUGGACAAAUUAUGCUCAAUUCGUUACACAAAUACGAGCCAAGAAUUUUAUUGGUUCGUGUCAACUCGGAACAUCGUCGUGUCAUUCCAUAUCCGUACCCAGAAACACAAUUUAUUGCUGUGACAGCAUAUCAAAACGAAGAGGUGACAUCGCUAAAAAUUAAGUACAAUCCAUUUGCCAAAGCAUUCCUUGAUGCAAAAGAACGACCAGAUGCUAUUUAUUCACGAGAUGGUAGCAAUUAUGGAUGGUACAUACCACCAGCAUCAUCAUAUGCAUCUUCAUCACCCACUCAUUCUGGAUCCGUUGGAAUAGUAAGUCACAAUCGACGACAAAUUGAAAACAAACAAGAUAAUCAACUACAUGAAGUGAAUAAUACAACAACGUCAUGCGAGAGAUAUGGAACAGUUGCUACAGUGAGAACAACGACCGCCCGGUCAGUACCAUAUACAACACAUCGUCCACGAGCCAUUAGCAAUAAUAAUUUAUCACCACCGUCAUCAUCGCCGUCUGGUUAUUUACCAUUAGAUCCAGUUCCUUCCUCCAUUUAUGCCAGCUACCCUCAUCCAAAUUGGCAAAAUUCAACAACCUCAUAUUGGUCGACCACCACACCGGGUAGCCCAAUAACAUCAGCCGUUUCGCCGACACAUUCUGGCGAUUCGCCCGUUUAUACAUCACAUCAUUUGGCUUCGCAGGCUUACUCAACGGGUGCAACAGCUCAAGUCGAUCUUUAUCAAAUGCCAAACGGUAAUAAUUCACCACCACAAUUCUAUGCAACAGCAACAGCACCAAACACACAUCAAAUGUAUCAUCCAACACCAGCAUCACCAUCACAAAUUUAUGGCAAUAUGCUGAAUACACCAGCUUUGACAAACUUGAGUUAUGCAUCAACGUGGCAUUCGACCGCUGAUUAUGGCAUGUUUCAAAAUACCUAUCAUUACCAAGCACCAGAAUAUAUUCCUAUAAUAAGUGAUUUAAGUUCAUCUUAUGGUCCGCAUAUUUCGGAAAAUUCUAUUCAACCAUUAUCAAAAUCAGAGCAUAAUUCGGAAUCGUCAACCAACAAUGCGACAUAUAAUCAGCCAAAUGACUCACCCGAAAUAUUGAUGACGCUCGAAUGUAAUGGUAAUCGUACAUCUGUGGUUACCACGCCUAUUAUCGAAAAGCAGACACAAGCUCAGCAAGCUCAAUCACAAACACCAAAUUCCACACAAACAACAGACCAACACUUAAAUCGAACGAACUGGGAACCUUUAACUCCUCCUAACAAUAUUUAAAUUUUAACACAUUUUCUAAAUCUAUCUUUCCAAUUGAGAGACUGCGUUAUGGUUUCUUUGAAAAUA